UCCGUCGAGCUUCAAAGUUUUGAGCUCAGAGCUCUCUCUCUCUCUCUCUCAGGCUAAUAACAAUGGCGUCUUCUUCAGCCACACUCUCUCUAUGCUCUGCUUUCGCUUCUCAUUGCAAUGUCAAUUCACGCCGUUCAAGCACUAUAAUGUGUUCUCUCUCUAAACCUUCGUUGAAUUUGGCUAAACCUGUGUCUGGCUUUCUCGCUCCUUCCACUUCGUCGACGUCUCGAACCUCAUUCCCCGUCGCUCCUAAAUUCGCUGAAUCAGUCGUCGAAGCUGAGCCUGAGACUACCGAUAUCGAAGCCGUGGUGGUUUCCGAUGUUUCGGAGGUUGCGGAGGAUAAACCUAAACGAGAAGAGAUCUUCGCUGUUGUUAUGGUUGGUGGACGGCAAUACAUUGUGUUUCCAGGGAGAUAUCUCUACACUCAGAGGCUGAAAGAUGCAAAUGUUGAUGAUCAGAUUGUUCUUAAUAAAGUGUUGCUUGUUGGCACAAAGACGCACACUUACAUCGGCAAACCGGUUGUGACCAAUGCCACUGUACAUGCUGUUGUGGAAAAUCAGGGUCUGGAUGAUAAAGUGGUAGUCUUCAAGUAUAAGCCUAAGAAGAAGUACCGAAGAAAUAUUGGUCACCGACAGCCAAAUACAAGGAUUAGAAUUACAGGGAUCACAGGGUAUGAAGAGUAUCCAGCUUCGCCCAAUGUUGCGGUUUAAUUGUGCUGAAGAGGUAUAGGAUCUGUUUGCUUCUUGAAUGUUAUAAUUCUUCGAUCUUCUCUAUGUAAUUUUGUUAAGAACCGGAUUAUUUCAUUGCUGCUGAGAUCUCUUUUUUCCAAUGUGUAAUGCUUUUGCCACUCUUAGAUCACAAAGUCUAAGUUAGUGUAAGAAAACAUCAGCAUUGCUCAUCCAUUCAUCUAGAA